AUGGAAAUAUUUGAUUUUUUAGGAGAGGAUAUCAUUACAGAAUAAAAAAUUGAAAAGAACAAACAACUGAAGUCAGAAAAAUAAUAAAUAAAGAAUGAACUACAUAAGUAGAAAGUAGUUUAGAAGAAGAAAGAAAAAAAAAAAAAAAUAAAGCAAUAAAAAUAUGAGGUGAUUUAAACUUUGGAAACCUAAGAAUAAAAGAAUGACUUUGUACAUUAAUUUAAGGGUUUAAGAAAUUAAAGAAGGGAGAAUGGAAUAAAAUCCCUUUAGAGUCCAUUUAAGAUUAUAAUUGAUUGUGGUUUUGAAGAAAACAUGUCAGAUAAAGAAUAAAGAUCACUUGCAAGAUAAAUUUCUGAAUUAUACUAAGAAAAUAGAAAAUUAGAUAUUCCUUUAAAAUUAUAUGUGACAAAUAUUUAUCCUAUAUUGCAUAAAUAUUUAGAACAAUAUCAUUACAAAUAAUGGUAAUUGAUAUCUGAUGAAAGACUUUUCAUAGAUAUAGAAGAAUUUAAAUAGGCAAAUAUAGUUUAUUUAAGUCCUGAUGGUGAAGAAGAAUUACAAGAGAUUAAAGAAGAUGAAGUUUAUGUAAUAGGAGGACUGGUUGAUAGGUAAUUUUUGCAAUAGAAUUUAUUUUAGAGUGAUCAUGAAAAAUGCUACACUUAAUCGAAGUAGAUAACUAGGAGUAAGAAGUGCUAAAUUACCUAUUGGAUAAUUUAUAAAAAAAAAUUACAAAAAAUGUUUAAAUGUGAGUACAGCUGCUCUAAUGAUAUCAGGAUGGUUAUAGUAUAAAGAUUGGAGCAAAGCUUUUGACAGUAUUGUGCCAUAAAAAUUUAAAGAAUAGGAAGCUGAAAUGUAGUGAUA